AUUCUCUAACGACACUAUUCAUUCGCCAGAGUUUGCGGUUUCUUCUUCCCCUCUCGCUCGCUGAAAUCGCCCCCAAAUCCACCCGUUGCCGCUGCCCAAAUUCGCCUCGCCGCUGCCCAAAUCGGUGCUCUCGAGCGGGGUUCGGCAUCGCAGGGGGUCGCCGGUUGGAGUUGUUGUCCCGCACGGCACGCUGGCCGCGGGGAGCGGCUCUCGCUCGCGAGCUCGGCGACCGUGCAAUGCUCGACUCGCGGGGUGGGGGACUGUUGCGAAGUGAGAUUGCCCUCAUUUUGUGCGGUUGCGAAGGAAGGAGACGGUACUGCGACGCGAAGGUACCUAUAGCAGAGGAGCAAGGUGUUUCAACAGGUCAUGUUUACAAACGCAAGCGCCAGAAAUUGGUCAUAACCCGGGGGAAGCGGCCUGCGGAUAUUGGAAGUAACGAAGAAGAACCAGUAGGAGAUGUCAAUGAAGCUGAUGUUACACAAGAUGCAGAACAAAAGAAAAAACGACGAAAAGUGACUGAAAAUGAGGGUCCUAGGAACAGGUCAUCACCUACGAGGCUUUUUAAGUUGAACAAGGAUCUUGUCAAAGACCAAAAAAGUAUUAUCAGAGGCAUAGACUUUGGGGGCUUGUUGGAUAUCACAACUACAAGCAUGCCCGGUGAUCUCAGACAGUGGAUCAUGAAACACUACGACCCAGAAAAGUCUCAAAUUGUUAUACCAGAUAGAGGCAAAAUACCAGUGGAUGCAGAAAGUGUUAGGAGGAUUUGGGGUUUGCCCAACAGUGGCAGGAAAGUAUGUUUUGAAAUGAAUCCAGAUGUUAUAAGGGAAUUCAACAGUAUUUUCAAGAUCGAGGGAAAAAUGCCCCUACAUUGACUUCAUGGUGUAAAAUGAUUGUGAAGAUGAAUGGGGCGUCCGAUGACAUUUUCCUCCAUGCUUGGUUGGCCGUGGCAUUCUCCUGCUUCCUUGCCCCAACCACAAGCUUGAGCAUCUCACCAAGGUGUUACACUGCUAUUCUUCACACAAGUGCUAUAAAAGACACCAAGAUAUGCGACUUUGUUAUUGAUCAACUUAGAUUGGCAUUCAUGGGUUUUGGUGACAAGAAGAAGGUUGUUUGCUAUUGUGUUUUCCAUCUAGUUAUUUUGUAUCUGGAUUCAUUGGAUGUUGAUGAACCAAUAACUGCUACACUUCCAAGGGCACGCAUUUGGAAUGCUGAUCUAAUAACCAAAGUGAUGCGGAGCAUCCCUCGACUACCCGCACCGACACUCCAUCACCACUGCAAGCACCGAGAGGACCAAUGACAAGAGCACAUGCACGUGACAUCGAGAACGAGGUCAAUUCUAUCCUCUUUGAGUUUCGUUUGGUUUCACAUGAAAAUUAGAUCCUACCUCAAAGAGACUCGCUAUGCAUUCUUAGGCACCAAGAAGAUGAUCGUGAGAAGGAGAAGACGGAGACUCGAGCAUCCACGGAGCAAGGGAGAGGAGAGGAGAACAAGAAGAAUGAAGGAGAGAAGCUCUUGGACACGCCGGGUGCCUGGACGAAAGGACCCCGGGUGCCCGGACACGAAGACUUGGGGAGGUCUGAACCCCCUGGACAUCCCGGGUGCCCGGCCUCUGCCUGGGCUGCACCCAAGCCGGCUCCGGGUGCCCGGGCACACGGCCCCGGGUGCCCGGGCACAUGGCCCCGGGUGCCCGACCCACCUCUUGGGCCUCGCUCAGCCUGCCCCAGGUGCCCCGCUAACCGGCCCCGGCUGCCCGACCCUUGCCCACCAGCCGCUGGGCGCCACCCCGGGUGCCCGGGUUUGGGACCCCCGGGUGCCCAGCCAGCCCCUGACCUGGCCGGGUGCCCGGCUCCUUCGCCACCGGGUGCCCGGUCCCGCUCGAGCGUAGGUCUUUGACCGGUCCGGGUGCCUGGCCGGUUCCUCCCCGGGUGCCCGAACCCUUCUUCCGUGGCCACACAUUUUAGGACUUUUUGGUCUUUUGUACCCCUCUUUCUCCUAGUUUCGUCCCUAGCCUUUAUAUACUUAUCUCCUAGCUCAUUUGGAAGGUUAGCAAAGUAUUAGAUAAAACAUUGAGAGCUUUGCUCCUUGUAUCCCCUCCUCUUGGAGAUCAAGACCCCUCUUGGGAAGAAUCCUUGUGGAUUGCAAGACCUCCCGAGGGAGUAGAUCAUCAUCAAGACUUCACCUCCUCUAGGAGUGGGAAGAACUUUACCUAGUGCUUGUUUCCUUGGAUUGAUCUUGUAAUCUUGUGGUUCUCAUGUAUGCUACUCUAGUGGAUGUGAUAUUUGGGUUUGUUUGAGUGAUUUGUGCCUUGUGUUCUUGAGAGUUCA